GCAACAGUCAACCAGCUGACAGUAGAGAGGCUAGAUACCCCUUGGCAGUGAACUAGCUGACAGUAGAUAGGCUAGAUACACGCAACAGUCAACCAGCUGACAGUAGAGAGGCUAGAUACACUCGGCAGUCAACCAGCUGACAGGUGAGAGGCUAGAUACACUCGGUAGUCAACCAGCUGACAGGUGAGAGGCUAGAUACACCUGGCAGUCAACCAGCUGACAGUAGAUAGGCUAGAUACACUCGGCAGUCAACCAGCUGACAGUAGAUAGGCUAGAUACACUCGGCAGUCAACCAGCUGACAGUAGAGAGGCUAGAUACACUCGGCAGUCAACCAGCUGACAGGUGAGAGGCUAGAUACACUCGGCAGUCAACCAGCUGACAGUAGAGAGGCCAUUCAGUUCCUUUUGUGGUCUACAACCAUCCUGAGACCCUUUCUGGGUGAACAAUAAAGCCAGCAGCUGAAAGAGAGAGAGAGACGGAGAACUGUACCUCCGUUGGGUGAGGAAGACUUCACUAUCCAGCCGGUCGCCAUGAGAUUCCCCAAGCUGCCCAACCCAGGUCUGGAUGACCGAAUCCCGUCUCAUAAAGAGCUGGAGAGAAUGGAGAAGGAGGAGGCUGGGGACAGGCCCAAAUGGGACAACAAGACCCAGUACAUGCUGACCUGUGUGGGCUUCUGUGUGGGGCUGGGGAACGUGUGGAGGUUCCCUUACCUGUGUCAGAGCCAUGGAGGAGGAGCGUUUAUGAUCCCGUUCCUGAUCUUGCUGGUUCUGGAGGGGAUUCCACUGCUGCACCUGGAGUUUGCUAUCGGACAGCGCCUCAGGAGCGGCAGUGUGGGAGUGUGGGGCUCUGUCAACCCUUACCUCACUGGCAUUGGUAUUGCCUCCAUGUUGGUUUCUUUCCUGGUUGGGAUGUACUACAACACUAUCAUGGCCUGGAUCAUGUGGUACCUCUUCAACUCCUUCCAGGACCCUCUGCCUUGGAGUCAGUGUCCCCUCAAUGCAAACAAGACAGGUCUGGUGUCAGAGUGCGCACGGAGCUCCUCCGUGGAUUACUUCUGGUACAGAGAGACACUGAACACCUCGACGGCCAUAGAUUUAUCCGGAGGCCUUCAGUGGUGGAUGGUGCUAGCCCUGGUGUCUGCCUGGACUUUACUCUAUGUCUGCUGUAUCAGGGGGAUUGAGACUACUGGCAAGGCUGUGUACAUAACAUCCACUCUGCCCUACUUGGUGCUCACCAUCUUCCUGAUCAGAGGACUGACUCUGAAAGGUUCUCUGGAUGGAGUCAAGUUCCUCUUCACACCAGACGUGAAUGAGCUGAUGAACCCGUCUACCUGGCUGGAUGCAGGUGCCCAGGUGUUCUACUCUUUCUCCUUGGCCUUCGGAGGUCUCAUCUCCUUCUCCAGCUACAACUCUGUACACAACAACUGUGAACAGGACGCUGUCAUCAUCUCCGUCAUCAACGGAGCCACCUCCGUCUACUCUGCUACCGUCAUCUACUCCAUCAUAGGCUUCAGGGCCACGGAGAAGUUUGACGACUGCUCGGAUAGUAACACCAUGGCCCUUAUGAAUGCAUUUGAUCUCCCUGAGCACUACUUCACUGUGAACAACUAUGAGGAAGUUCUCCAAGGUCUCAACAGCACAUCGCCAGACAUCAUCCAGGGAUUAAACCUGAAGACCUGUGAUCUACAGCAGUUUCUCAGUCAGGGUGUGGAGGGAACUGGUUUGGCCUUCAUCGUGUUCACAGAAGCCAUCACCAAGAUGCCUGUCUCUCCUCUCUGGUCCAUCCUGUUCUUCAUCAUGCUCUUCUGUCUGGGACUGUCCACCAUGUUUGGGAACAUAGAGGGGGUCGUGGUGCCCCUUCAGGAUCUGAACAUCUUCCCUAAAAGGUGUCCCAAAGAAGUCUUGACAGGUGUCACUUGUAUUGUUUGUUUCACCGUCGCUCUCAUAUUCACCCAGCGGUCUGGUAACUACUGGCUGGCUCUGUUCGACAGCUUUGCCGGCUCCAUCCCUCUCCUAGUCAUCGCCUUCUGCGAAAUGGUGUCUGUUGUUUACAUCUAUGGGAUAGACAGGUUUAACGCAGACAUCGAGUUCAUGAUUGGACACAAGCCCAACCUGUUCUGGCAGGUGACCUGGAGGUUCGUCAGUCCAGUCAUCAUGCUGGUCAUCUUCAUCUUCUACUUCGUCACCCAGGUCAGCGGGGAGCUAACCUACCUCGUAUGGGACGAAGACGCGGAGGAAUUCCCUACUCUGGCAGACCGUCAGUAUCCCGACUGGAUCUACUUCAUCAUAUUUAUUUUGGCUGGCAUUCCCAGUCUGGCUGUCCCCGGAGUCGCCAUAUUCAAAUUCAUCUACAACCGCUGCUGCCUGAAAGACAACGGCUACAGAGAAGACACCGUCAACUCUGUCUCCGCUAAAAUACAGAUGACAGAAAAAACGAUGGACUAAGUAACAGGUUCACCUUCAGAUCUGGAUUUCAAUGAAAACUUGUUGUUUUUUCAGUGUUUUAUUUAAAAAAAUAAUAAUCUUUCAUCUGGAAGAAUUGAAGAUGCCCAAUACAUUACGCAAAUUAAGGUGGAGAGCAUAGACCAGGAGUCUCCAACAGGUCGACCGCCAGCUCCCAGUAGCACACAGCUCACCAGACUAUUCUGAAAGUAGUUCCACCGCAAACUGUCAUUAACAAAUCUCAUAAGUAUCAGAAACCGCCAGCUCCCAGUAGCACACAGCUCACCAGACUAUUCUGAAAGUAGUUCCACCGCAAACUGUCAUUAACAAAUCUCAUAAGUAUCAGAAACCGCAAGCUCCCAGCGACUAUCCAAUCAAAGCCACAUUAACAUUAUCCCGCCCCCGGGCGACUAUCCAAUCAAAGCCACAUUAACAUUAUCCCGCCCCCGGGCGACUAUCCAAUCAAAGCCACAUUAACAUUAUCCCGCCCCCGGGCGACUAUCCAAUCAAAGCCACAUUAACAUUAUCCCGCCCCCCGGGUUAGCCACUAUAGGCUGAAAAAAAAGCCACGACUAACACAAUAUCUGCCAAUUAAUUCCCAGCAGUAUUGCCCGUGUCUGUCUGUGUGGUACGAGCCUUUGUCUAUCAAAAGCGUCUUGUGUGCUGACAGAAAUAAUUUCCCCAAAAAACUUCUCAAUUAAAACUACAAAGUAGGCUUACCUGGCAGAAGUAUAUCAUGAGGAAGUAUAUCAUGAGGAAGUAUAUCAUGAGGAAGUAUAAUCAUGAGGAAGUAUAAUCAUGAGGAAGUAUAUCAUGAGGAAGUAUAAUCAUGAGGAAGUAUAAUCAUGAGGAAGUAUAAUCAUGAGGAAGUAUAUCAUGAGGAAGUAUAAUCAUGAGGAAGUAUAAUCAUGAGGAAGUAUAUCAUGAGGAAGUAUAAUCAUGAGGAAGUAUAUCAUGAGGAAGUAUAUCAUGAGGAAGUAUAAUCAUGAGGAAGUAUAAUCAUGAGGAAGUAUAUCAUGAGGAAGUAUAAUCAUGAGGAAGUAUAAUCAUGAGGAAGUAUAUCAUGAGGAAGUAUAAUCAUGAGGAAGUAUAUCAUGAGGAAGUAUAUCAUGAGGAAGUAUAUCAUGAGGAAGUAUAAUCAUGAGGAAGUAUAUCAUGAGGAAGUAUAUCAUGAGGAAGUAUAUCAUGAGGAAGUAUAAUCAUGAGGAAGUAUAUCAUGAGGAAGUAUAAUCAUGAGGAAGUAUAAUCAUGAGGAAGUAUAUCAAUGUAUCUUUGUUAUUUGCAAACUUUGCCAUGAAAUGAGCAGCAGCAGUACAGAACCAUCACUAGACUGGAACAUUAGACGGCACAUUCCUCACUUGCUAGAGUUGCAAUUAAAGGGCCAGAUGCUCAAUUAAAGGAGAAUUACACCAAAUAAAAUCGUUCAGACCUAAAUUUGCUUUUUGUCCACUAAGGACCAGGGGAAGAGUUGACAACAUGUUGCCCUACUUCCUGUUGUACACUAAGGACCCAGGGAAGAGUUGACAACAUAGUGCCCUACUUCCUGUUGUCCACUAAGGACCAGGGGAAGAGUUGACAACAUAGUGCCCUACUUCCUGUUGUCCACUAAGGACCAGGGGAAGAGUUGACAACAUAGUGCCCUACUUCCUGUUGUACACUAAGGACCCAGGGAAGAGUUGACAACAUAGUGCCCUACUUCCUGUUGAACACUAAGGACCCAGGGAAGAGUUGACAACAUAGUGCCCUACUUCCUGUUGAACACUAAGGACCCAGGGAAGAGUUGACAACAUAGUGCCCUACUUCCUGUUGAACACUAAGGACCAGGGGAUGAGUUGCAGGCGGAAGGAGAAGAGAAGAAUGGGCCUAUUUGAAAGCUAGAAUUAGUAGCUCGCAACACGUUUCAUUGUUUUUUAAAAGUAGCUCCUCGUGUUAGAAAAGGUUGGAGAACCCUGUCAUACAAAAUUCUCACCUCACUCUCAUAUAUAUAUAAUAAACAAACAAAUUUGUACAUUAGAGAAUACAACACCAUAAGACUGUGAGCUAUUGGCUCUAAGGUAUUACGUUGUGUACCGUAUGGGAAUUAUUAUUUUCAGUUUUGUAAACUUUGUAUAAGUGAUGCAGAAACCCUUUUUUUUUCUCAAAUAAUAUUCUCAAUUUUGUGUAGUAUGAAUUAAAUGGAUAUAUCAGUAUUUUUUUCUCCAAAAGAAUCAUUCGUUUCAUGGAAAAUUGUAACAUACGCACAGUUUCUGUCUUCAUGCCUUUUAUUUGUUGUUGUUGUUGU